AUGGAUAAGCGAGUGACGAACAGUGCUGUACUUCCAGAAGGCUUACUUGAAAACUGGAAUUUGUUUAGACAAAGUCAUGGAAGCAUCAUAUAUACCAAAAAGCUUGCGAGUGGAACUAGCCAAUGUCUUUCAGAAGCAUGUUCGAAAACUUUGAAGCAAGAUUGCUUAAAUACCUUUCGUAUCUUAUUCAAAACACUUUUGUGUCAAUGGCGUACCAAGAUGUAA